CUCCCAAACAAGAGACAGUCUCUUGUUACCUGGUGCAGGUGAGAGCAAGUGGAGGCAAACAACAGAGCUACAGGAAGGACAGGAAACAAACAUGAACACUUUCUCCAGCCGGGAUGUUCAGGUGAAGAGCUUGGAGCAAACAGUGAAACAUGCUGAAAAGCACCUGGGUGAGAUCUGCUCCCUGUUGGGCUCCUACACCAGGAAGACGGCGAAGCUGAGAGACAAGGCAGACUUGCUGGUGGCUCAGAUCUUUGACUUCUCCAGCACAGAAGGACCUGAGCUCCAGGUCGGACUGAGGAACCUGGCAGAGGAUCUGGCCAUGGUUCAGGAUUACAGACAGGCUCAGGUAGAGAGACUUGAGACGAGAGUUGUUGCUCCUUUAAAAGGGUACGGAGACAUGAUCAAAAAUAAACGGGUAGAUCUGAAGAAGUUUAACACUGAUCUGAACCGAGAGAUGAAGGAGCUGGAAAAACUGGGUAGAGUCAGACUGAGGAACCCUGCUGACCGCCAGAGCAUUUCUCAGGCUGAAGUCAGUGCCCAGAAGGCUUCCAACAAUGCUCAGCGCAGUGUCAAACAACUCGAGGAGACCAUCUCGGACUUCCAGAGACAGAAACUGGAGGAUAUCAAAAGGAUUUUCAUGGACUUCAUUACAGUGGAGAUGCUCUUCCAUGCUAAGGCUCUGGAGGUCUAUACACACACAUACCACAACCUGGAGGCCAUGAACAUUGAAAAGGAUCUGGAGCUGUUCAAUGGACGUCUGAAGAUGUCUGACUCUCUGCCUGGACAUCUGGAAACCCCACAGAGCAGCCAGUCGUCUACACUCAUGACCCGCUACCCAAGUUCUCCUGUGUCCUCUCCCAAAGGCCAGAGCCUCAGGCCCAUGCUGGCUCCCCCUACUGGACAAAACAGAACACAUCAGCACAGCCAGCUCCCUGAGAGAGCUAGGAGGGCUCGCAGCGUCUUACAACGCCAGAGAGGCAUGGAGGAGGAAGAGGAGGAGGAGGAGGAAGAAGAGGAGGAAGAAGAGGAGGAAGAAGAGGAUGAGCUGUAUGAAUCAGAGCUGGAGGACGAUCAGCACAUCAGCAGGCAGUCUUAUGCUGUUCAAUAUGCCCAGAUGCGCCGAUGGCAGCAGUAACAAACACAUAUACAUAUACAUGUACAUAUGCAUGUACAUGUACAUAUACACGCAGAUAUAGAUAUAGCUUUACAAUAUUAAUAAUUUAACAGGGGCAAAAUUUCAUAUUGUGUUCUUUUAAAAUGUAAAAUAAAAAGUGAAUACAAGCCAUGUGUAUCACUCUGGAAAGUAUCAUUUUAAUUGUAUAAAUGUGCUUGCUGAUUUUAUAAUGUGUCAAAUUAAAAUUGUGUUUAAGUGAAUUCAUAUUCUUGUUAUUUGGUAAAAAUGUCCCUUCCCUGUGUAUAUGUAGCCCGUGUGUACAUGUAAUAACAAAAUCCCUUUGUUUUAUGGCAUUUUCAUUGUACAUUCAGUUCUGACUGAGUUUUUUUGAGGAGCUUUUAUUUUGUUAGACGUCUUUUAUUUUGACACUAGCUUUUCGCUGUGCUACUUCCUGUUUAUUCGCGUCGCUAGAGGCGCUGCUGAGGAGAGGUAAGACUUUAGCGUCACUCCGGUCAUUGUUGUGUAAAACACGGUCAAAUUCGAGGCAGAGACUUGUGUAUAUUAUUUAGUAUAAGUUGCGAAUGUUGGUCUCUUGUAAAAUGUUGUUCUCGUUGUAUUAAUGUAUGUUUUGUAUGAGUACAGUACUUUAGCAGUUUGUUAGCUGUAGCUCAUAAGCUAGGCUACAGUUUUGCUUCCGCUGUUUUCUUUAUUCUACUUUAAAGAUGCGCACGUGAAACCAGAGCGUGAGCAGUUGUUGUACUGACAUUAUUGUGUUUUGCACAGGUAUGUAAGCUCACUGUUUGUCAUUUUUAUUACUGUACAUUGAUUUGAUUAGUAAGUUAGACUUUUGUCAUUUAUUGUCAUACACAUAAGGUGUAUUACUGUUUAUUGUAAGUUCAUAUUCAUUCAUAAAAAUACUAAAAGUGCUGCUGGUGGGUGGAAAAUAUAACCGUGAAUUUAA